CAAUAUCAGUAAAGUGAGCCAUCGCCCUGUUAACGGUGUCAUGGCGGUUUGACUUGUUGAAGGUUUUUUUGCAAUAACUGACUAGUUAAUGUGCUUUUUAGGAGUGUGAUCUUUGAUUUUUGUGUAUUAUAUCAAGUAAUUCAAAAUAGUUAAUAAUGCGCGAAUACAAAAUAGUCGUGCUAGGUAGCGGAGGCGUGGGAAAAUCCGCCCUGACAGUACAAUUUGUACAAGGCAUCUUUGUGGAGAAAUACGACCCCACUAUCGAAGACAGCUAUCGGAAACAAGUGGAAGUUGACGGACAACAAUGUAUGCUUGAAAUUCUUGACACAGCCGGCACAGAACAGUUUACCGCGAUGAGGGACUUAUACAUGAAGAAUGGACAAGGAUUUGUAUUAGUGUACUCGAUUACAGCGCAAUCGACAUUCAAUGACCUGCAGGACUUACGGGAGCAGAUCCUGCGGGUUAAGGACAAGGAUGACGUGCCUAUGGUGUUAGUGGGCAACAAGUGUGAUUUGGAGGCGGAGCGCGUGGUUGGCAAGCAACAGGGCGCUAAUCUCGCGAACCAUUUCAACUGCGUUUUUAUGGAGACCUCCGCGAAGGCUAAAAUCAGUGUGAACGAAGUGUUCUACGAUCUAGUGCGACAAAUCAACAAAAAAUCUCCCAAGGAAGAAAACAAAAAGAGAACCAAAAAGCCCAUAUGUCAACUGCUAUAAGGAUCGCGGCGCUUCCGACGCAUCUAGGUAUUAAUAUUUAAUAAUUUGAAAGACUUCUCGUACCCGGAUUUGGCUCUUGACAGUUCCAAAAGUAAACUAGGUCGGGUGAGCAUGGUUGGUUAUUGAAUAUCUUGAGAAUUUUGCAAUUGUGCAUUUGUUGAGCUAAAGUGGUCCAGUGCUAUAAAUGAGUGGAAAAUGCAUCACAGAUCUUCACCUACGGUUUCCCGUUCCGACCAGUGUAUAGAGUAGAUCCCUACUUCUCGGUCCGUGUAUUUAUAAUAGUGUUUUAUUUGAGGAUCCAUUCAAAGAUUCUGUGUGUGUGUUUCACUCUCAAUAUUCCAUUUUGUAUAGUGUGAAUGAUGCCAUGUUCAGAAGUUUACAUCUUGACUGCCCUAUUUACUUUGUGAUUUCAAUUCAUAUAGAAGGCUAUAAUAAAAGAAUAUUGUAAAAUAUAAUUGCCUAAAAUAUUUCCUCUUGUAUUUUUAUUAAAUAAAACAAUCUAACCGGUUUUAUGAGAGAUAAUAAAUUAUGUCAUUAGAGUAUUGUUAAAAUUCUUGCUUAGUUCAGACAAUGAACAGGAUAAUAAUUAAACUAAUGAUUUAUUAAGCUCUACGUAAAUCACUCGUCAUAUAAAUGUAGGUUAAUAAGCUUUAACAAUUUUGCACAAGUUUGUUUUAGUGGAGACUUAGUUUGUUAAUACAACCAUUUGUUAUUUUAAAUACAUGAUAAUGAAUAAGUUAACAUAGGCUAUAUAGUUGGUACAUUGUUUGGUUAUCUUUGGUGCAGGAAUGUAUCAAUGUUUUGUCAUAAAUUUGAUAUGCAUUUGAUAGUGAAUGUUCCUGUGAGCGAUACAAUGUUGCCCAGUCAUUCCGUCUGUCUGAACUAAGCAGAUAUGUUAUGAUAGCAUUUACUAUUAUUAUUUGAUUUAGAAACUUCUGAAAGGCCAGAAUGUGAGUUAUAACAGGCUCUUGGGAGUCCUGGAGUUUGUGCCAGCAGGCCUUAACCAGUGUAUAAUGUUUAAUAAUUAAGAAUACAUUAAAUUUUUUCAGAUAUAUUAUUGUCUUGUUAUAUAAUACAAAUGUAUCAAAGGAAAAGUUAAUUAUGCAACACCAUAUAGGACUCAAAUUACUUUUGAACAAAUAUUAGUGAGCCUUAGGUGAGUGCACCCCACCAAAUGUAGUUUGUCCAGUGUCUGUCCGAGUGCAGUCGGCACUCAUAAAAAACUAUUCCUUAAUGAAACUAAAGUUUAAAAAAUUAUCGUUAUUGUAAAUGGGAUAAAGUUUUAUGAUUACUGGCUCAUUUAAAUGUGAAUUACCAGCCUGUGUUGCUACUAUAAAAAACUUUGUUAAAUUACUAAUUAUAAUAGGUGUUCAAAUAUUGUUACGGUUUAGAUGUUCCCUUCAUUAUCAUUUCUGUUAAGAUUAAGAUUAACUGCACAAGGAUAUUGGUAAUGACUUGAUCUGAGUUGAACUAUAUUUUUAUAUAUAUCGUGCGAAUUAAGAACUUAUAUUUUUAUCUUUUCAAUCAAUAAUCGACAUGUACAAUUAAUUUCUUUUUUUUUUUGCAAAUUUAUCAAUAAAACCAAUUUUAAAUAUU